UGUGACGCAGUGGAGCCGGGAGGUGAGGGGCCUUGAAGGGGCUUCUCAUGCUAUCGGGCAUCAUGGGGGACGGCUUUAUUGGAACCUGACUCGUACUAGACGAGGAAAGUCCGUUUGACCAUUAAAAAAAACAAAAAACAUCCCCCACCUUUUUUAUGUAAGUGUAAUACCAAAUGUAACAAGACUGAUUUCUCAUCUUGGAACCCCGGGUGGGUGGAGUUUAACUUACAGUAGGUUGGCCCUUUCUCUCCCUCUAUCGUAAACGCCUUCUAUGUGGCAGGUUAAAACAAAUUAGACCCCGUCUGUGUGACUUCCGGUGAGAACGGAAACCCGGUUAGGUUCCCACACCUGCAGGCGAGGUCUUGACAACUUGAUGAUGUCAUCGCGUCGAUGGAGAAAGGUUCGUGGGGAUCGGACCCUCAACCCAAAGAAGCUCCAGUGGAAGAGCGUAGGCUCCAGACUGCAGCGUGGUCGGCGUCGGGGAGAAGGUUCUGCUGUUCAGACAUCAGUCGGCCUCCGAGCAGCUUCUGCAACGUCUGACGGACCUCGACGAGCUGCAGGACGGAGACUUCAUCGAGGUCAUCGUCGCAGGAUCAGCGUCGGUGACUGAGAUGAGGAUCCGUCCACACACACUGGUGGUCCAGUCGUACCGGAUUCCCACUUUCUGCCACCACUGUGGGGAGAUGCUGUGGGGCCUCGUCCGGCAGGGGUUAAAGUGUGACGGUUGUGGUUUGGACUUUCACAAACGAUGCGCUUUCCUGUUGCCCAACGACUGCAGCCGGGCGCGGCGGCAGGUCAGCACGAGCCUCUCGCUGUUCCCCCCCCGACGACCUCGUACGCACUCGCUGUCCAAUCAGGCGGGAGGCAGCCUGGAAGAGAUCAGCAUGUCCAAGCCGUCGUCCCGGCCCGUGUCCUGGGCGGAGCCCCCCGUCUGGCUGGGGGUCGGCUACGGGGACACGAACGGGGUCCAAGUCCCCCACACCUUCCACAUCCACAGCUACACCAAACCCACCGUGUGCCAGUGCUGCCACCGGCUGCUCAAGGGGCUCUUUAGACAAGGGCUGCAGUGCUCAGACUGCAGGUUUAACUGCCAUCGGCGCUGCGAGCUGCUGGUCCCCAGAGACUGUCCGGGAGAGAGGAGAGGCCUCAACGGGGAAGAAUGCACAGCAGCGGGUCACAGCUGCCCGGCAGACCCAGAGGACAGUGAUUCACAGACGACUCAAGAGAUCUCUGACGACGAGAUGUCCGCAGACGGGCCGCCGGAGCCAAAGGAGGACGAGCAGCCGCGAGAGCCGAUGAGUCUGUGUUUCAGCAGCUACAUCCCUCUGAUGAGGCUCGUCCAGUCGGUGCAUCACUCAAAGAAGAGAGUGGGAGGAGUCCUGAGAGAGGGGUGGCUGCUGCAUCACACCGACUGUGACACACUGAGGAAACGACAUUACUGGAUCUUGGACUGGAAGAGCAUCACUCUGUACCAGAACGAGAGCAGCACCAAGUACUACAAGGAGAUCACUCUGUCCGAGGUGCUGCAGGCCCGAGGCCCCGCCCAGCUCGCCGUGCCCCCGUUGCCGGGCAACGGCGCCCACACCUUGGAGGUGGUCACGGCCUCGCUGGUGUACUGCGUGACGGCCGGAGAGAGCGGGCCGGCCUGGGAGAGCGCCAUCCGCCGGGCUCUGAUGCCCGUGCAGAGCAGCGGCGAGGAGAGCCGGGAUGAAGAUUUGACGCUGUGCAGUGACGGCGUGGACAUCAGCUCGGUGUACCAGAUCUCCACAGACGAGGUGCUCGGCUCAGGGCAGUUCGGAGUGGUGUACAAAGGCACUCACAGGAAGUCGGGGCGGCCGGUCGCCAUCAAAGUCAUCGACAAGACGCGCUUCCCCACCAGGCAGGAGACGCAGCUGAGGAACGAAGUGGCCAUCUUGCAGAAUCUGUCCCACCUCGGCGUGGUCUUGACGGAGGGGAUGUUCGAGACGCCGGAGUACGUCUUCGUCGUCAUGGAGAUGCUCCACGGAGACAUGCUGGAGAUGAUCCUGUCCAGUGAGCGAGGCCGACUCCCUGAACGCAACACCCGCUUCCUGGUCGCGCAGAUCCUCGAGGCUCUGCGCUAUCUGCACUUCAAGCACGUGGCUCACUGCGACCUCAAGCCGGAGAACGUGCUGCUGGCCUCCGCGGACCCUUUUCCUCAGGUGAAGCUGUGCGACUUCGGCUUCGCCCGCAUCAUCGGCGAGAAGUCCUUCCGCCGCUCGGUCGUGGGCACGCCGGCCUACCUGGCGCCCGAGGUCAUCGGCAACAGCGGCUACAACCGCUCCCUGGACAUGUGGUCCGUGGGCGUCAUCAUGUACGUGAGCCUGAGCGGCACGUUCCCCUUCAACGAGGACGAGGACAUCGGGCAGCAGAUCACCAACGCCGCCUUCAUGUACCCGCGGCAGCCGUGGGCCUCCAUCUCUCUGGAGGCUGUGAGUCUCAUCAAUAACCUGCUGCAGGUGUCGGUCAGACGGAGGUUCAGCGUGGGCAAAACACUGGGACACCCCUGGCUGCAGGACUUCCAGCUGUGGUGUGACCUCCGGGAGUUCGAGCUGAGGAGGGGCGGCAGGUAUCUGACGCACAGCGGGGACGAGGAGCGCUGGACACGCUACGCCCGGGAGAAGGGCCUGGACUUCCCGUCCCACCUCGGCCGGGACCCUGACAACGACCCCGAAGCGUGACCUCUGCGUCGGGGGGGGGGGGGGGGGGGGUUAAAGGUCGGACAGCUUUGUGGCUAUCAUACAUGGACGAAACUAAUUCUUCCUCCUUGCACACGAUAGAAAAGACCACACGACGUCUGUUUAGUAAUAUACUUUUCCUUUUUUAUUCCAAGUUGAGGUUUUUUUUUUUUUUUUUUCUUCUUUUUCUCGUGGCGAAGGGACAGGAUGAGAAAACUUGGGGAGCACACGCAAAUUAAUAAGAAAUAUCACCGUCCCACAUCCCGGAGGAGUCGACCCGCACCGAUCCUCAUGGCCGACCUUGACCGGUGGGACCAGAACCCUAUUAGCUCCGCCUCUCACAAUAGGCCUGCUGUGGCCCUACGCUCAGUAUCCAUCCGUCUCAUUUUUGUCCAUAAAAAUGACACAUUUUAUAACUUCCCCGACGCCCCGCUGUCUCUCGCUGCUGAAAUAUAUACGUUCUGGAGAGAGUCGAGUGGGAUCUGUCUGUCUGUCUGUCGUCCUUCUUAAGCCCCCAUCCAGCCAUGGCCCUCUCUUUGUCUGUUUACCCAUAGUGCUUUGCUCCGAGUCGCUCUCUCUUUAAUGUUUAUCUGCUCCCUCUUUAAGAUCUUCAUGUUUCACAGUGCUGUGGUGUUUCUAUUUUAAUGUGUGUUUGAGUCUUGGACAUGUAGCACCUGACCUGUGAAUGUGAACAGGCUCCUUUUUGGGCUUUUUGUUGUGUAUGAUAAUAAAAAGAGUCCGAGACUCAGA